GAAGGCAAAUGCAACACCUACACAAAUGAUAGAUCCAAAUGCAUUUGCCUUCUGAUGCAUUCCUCGGAGAGGGUCUCAAGUGUGCCACACCCGAUGUGUCGCUAGCACCUCUCUUGCUCGAAAUGAAACUGCUUCGAUAACAUAUCACCCCGCCGUCCAAGCUGUCAUCGAACCAGUGACCCCGUCUCUCUCUUUCUCGAUCGAGACUCAACUCAACCAAUUAGUGGAAACCCAGUUGUUAGAAUUGGGUAUUUCUGACUCGAUUCGUCAUGAAGGGGCCAUUUGGGGAGUUUUGGGGUUUAUGUUAGGGUUACCGGUACAACCAGCCGAUUGAAUUCUUCUCUUUUUAUGGUCUAGAUUGCUGGGAUCCAUAAUAUUCUCCUCUAGCCUCAGAACACCCACACCGAGAGCAUUCUAGGUCCAUAACAUGACGGUUCUGAAGAGGUACGUGCUAAGAUUAUUCAUAUCGCUAAAGUACAUCACAGCAAAUGUUGUAGACAGAAACAACGGACAGAUUGUCACGUCAGCGUCCACAGUGGAACAGUCCCUGAAGAGCACAUUGGAGUGUGGUAGGUCUUGCAAUGCAAAGGCAGCGACAGUUGUGGGAGAUGUGUUGGCAAUGCGGCUCAAGGUGGAGGGUCUAGAGCAUGGACAUGGGAGAGGUAUCCAUGUCGAUGUUAACAAAGAGGUUGAGAAAAAAGGUUUCAAGAACAGGACUAAGAUUUGGGCCAUCGUAAAUUCUCUCAAGAACAAUGGAGUCAAACUCAUUCUUGAUGAUGAUGACAACCACGGUACUUCACGGCCCUAUCUUUGAUUAUGUAUCUAGAAGAUUCUUCUUUGUCUUUCUGUUGAUGAUAGAGAUAGAAAGCCUGGACAAAUAAGGGACCGUUGAUGUCGUGCUUUGUUUUUUGAAGUUAUUGUAAGUUUCUGUAUGGAGCAUACAUUUGAGCUGAAAUUACACUACUGUCAAUGUAGAUUUAGUUUUCUGGAACA